CUUGCACUGCGUAUGUAAUUGCUGCCGUCUCUGAAGAAAGGUUUGGUCCUCUUGUUUCUGAGGUGUCUUGGGUGUUGAUUUGUUCUUUGGGGCUACUGGAUCUGUUGCUUCCUUUAGUUAAUUACUUGCCGCUAAUUCUUCUUCCUGUGUUUUGACUGUACCUUGCUGUGCCUUUUCGGAUGAAGUUUCUCCAAAAUCAUGCAUGUGUGAUGUGUUUCUGUGAUGUUCGCUCGACCUAGCUGCCCCGUCUGUCCUUUACAUGCAACACUUUGUUUAGGGCAAGGCUGCAACCACAUGUAUGUACUGAACUUCUGAUGUAAUUGUACGCCAGCCAAGUACUCGUCCAUUUUGCCCAUAGAAUCGCUGCAGUUCCUUUUGUUUUUGUCAUCAUGCCCUGAAUCUUGUUCCUCUUAUUUUGUUUUCUUCAUUUCUAGAAUUGUGGGAACUUUCUUAGGUUGCAACUAUGCGGUUUGUUGGUUUGAUCUGCGAGCCCAAAUUGCUUAUUACCGCGCAGGCUCGUCCUGGACCUAGUUCUUCGGUCGACCAGUUUUGCAAUCGAUCACUUGUUUGAUACCUGGUUAAGUUCUUGCGUUCCUGUUCAAAAUUCCAAUUUUUAAAACUUGUACGAAAUAAUUACAGCAGGCAUGCUUUUAUACACCUUUUCCCAUUCGCAUGCUCUUUAAUUUAGCAAGUAAUUCCCCAUUUGUGUAGUCUCGCAACGCUGGGGUCUCUGAAAAAUGCUUUGGUAUACUGUUGUUAAUGUCUUGGCUGUUAAUUUGUUCUUCGGGCUACUGCAUCUGUUCUUUUUAGUAGUUACUUGCUACCUCUUCUUCCUAUCUGGGUUGUACUUCGCUAUGACUUCUGCGAUGAGUUCGCUCAAAACCAUGUGUUCAUAUGUUGUUCGGUCGAUCAGAUUAACUUGUGAUAUUGGUUGUUCCUCCUCAGUCCCUCUGCUUUCUUUGUGCAAGAGUGCAAGUAUGCAGCCACGGCUUUUGUUCUCAUGAUUUCCAGAAUCUUCUUUCUUUUGUUUUGUUUUCUUAAUAUCUAGUAUUUUUUAGGGCAAUUGAUUUCUAGAAUCGUUGGAACUGGUUUUAGGUUGCGACUAUGCAGUGUUCUUCAUUUGAUCCGUGGGCCAAAACUGCCUACCGCGCACUCUCAUUCUUGAACCUAGUCUGGUCUCUGGUCUUUCAGUUUUGCAGGUCGCUUGCUUACUGUUAAGUUCUUGCUGUUCUUCAACAAAUCCUACUAGAUUAAAAAAUACUAACAGGUUGAUGCAUGCAUGCAUAUUUUUCAGAACAUACAUUUUUUUUAAUCGCAUUCGCAUGAUUCUUUUUUCCCAUGAGAAAAUCUAUUUGCAUGUUCUUGAACAAGGGAUUAAACGCGCAGACUCUUGCGAUGCUCUUUUUGAGUGUGCAAGCAGGAUGUAUCACCCGCAGUGCGAGCUCCUGAUGGCCCGCGAGACCCUUGACCUGGACGCCGGCCACCAGCCGCACCUCGCCACCUCUGGUGUCACGGCCAUCCCGGCGGAGCUCAGCUUCCAGCUCCUUCACACACUCGAUGCCGCUGCGGCCAUGUCCACCGUCACGCCACAGCCGACCGUGGACUACUUCUUCGGCGGCGCCGAUCACCAGCCGGCCGUGCAGUUCGAGCAGCUGGCCCCCGCUGGCCACCACCACCACACCAUGAACAUGCUGCGCGACUACUGCAACGGCCACUACCCCGCGGCGGAGCCGUACCUCUGCGGGACAAGGGCUGAGGCACUCGUGUUCGGCGCCACAGACGACGAGUCCACCGCCUACAUGACCGGGCCCUUCGAGAGCUCCCCGCCGCCACGGGCCACUGGCGGCAGGAAGCGGAGCCGGGCGCUGGGUGGCGGCUUCCAUGGCGGUCCGGCCAACGGCGUUGAGAAGAAGGAGAAGCAGCGCCGGCAGAGGCUCACCGAGAAGUACACCGCCCUCGUGCUCCUCAUCCCCAACCGUACAAAGGACGAUAGGGCAACGGUGAUCUCCGACGCGAUCGAGUACAUCCAGGAGCUAGGGAGGACGGUGGAGGAGCUGACGCUGCUGGUGGAGAAGAAGCGACGCCGCAGGGAGCUGCAACUGCAAGGGGACGUGGUGGACGCGGCGCCCGCGGCAUUAGUGGGGGUCGGCGCCGAGACCGAGAGCUCGGUGGGCGAGGUAGCGCCCCCGCCGGCGGUGCAGCGGCAGCCGAUCCGGAGCACAUACAUCCAGCGGAAGAGCAAGGAAACGUUCGUGGACGUGCGGAUCGUGGAGGAAGAGGUGAACAUCAAGCUCACCAAGCGUCGCCGCGACGGGUGUCUCUUGGCUGCGUCGCGCGCGCUGGACGACCUCCGCCUCGACCUCGUCCACCUCUCCGGCGGCAAGAUCGGCGACUGCCACAUUUACAUGUUCAACACCAAGAUUCAUCCGGGGUCUUCGUUGUUUGCGAGUGCUGUGGCCAGUAGGCUGAUCGAAGUGGUGGACGAGGACUAGGCUAUUAUCUUGCCUACUGAUGCAUGCUAGCUUUUACGUUACUAGCUUAGCUAUAGUGUUUC